GCAGGCGCGGAUUCCUUCCGUUCUAAGUCAGCCGCCUGUCAAAUCGAAUGCGGGCGGGGAUCUGGCCCAGGGGGUGGCGGCCUCGCCCGGUGCCACGAAGCUCCAGCAUCUCGCAGGUCUUGUAAGCCGCGGCGUCGCGGGGAGCGAGGCUCUGGUCCGCUGCAUUCGAAGGAGCCCGGGGGAGACCACCAUGAGGACCGACGCCGGGCCUCCUCUGGAGGAGGGCCACCCGCGUCCUCCACGAGCACUUCCACCUGCACCAAGUGCUGUUCAAGAUGAUGUUUCACAAAGUCGUCCUAAAAGAAAGAAGUCCAGAACCAAAGCUACACUAGCUAGUGCUUCUUUGGAAGGUUUUGAUGAGACUGUUGUUCAUAGAUCAUCUGAGGGCAUUGAGCCACCAACUAAUGAACUCAAAGAGCAUCCAGAGGCUCCUGUUCAAAAGAGACAGAGGAAGACGAGGCUACCUCUUGAGCUGGAGACUUCUUUCACUCAGAAGAAGACAUCUAAUCCAUCUUUAUUACGAAAUGAAAAUGGUAUUGAUGCAGAGCCAACAGAGGAGGCUGUUAUUCCAAAACCACGAAGGAAGACAAAGAAAACCCAGAAAGCGCAGUUACAGUAUGCCAAUGAACUAGGAGUAGAAGAUGAAGACAUAAUCACUGAUGAGCAAACAACUCCAGAACAGCAGUCCAGAUUCACUGCACCCACUGGCAUUAGCCAGCCUGUAGGCAAAGUAUUUGUGGAAAAAAGCCGGCGAUUCCAGGCUGCUGAUCGUUCAGAAUUGAUCAAGACCACAGAAAACAUAGAUGUGUCAAUGGACAUGAAGCCUUCCUGGACCACCAGAGAUGUGGCACUUUCAGUACACCGAGCUUUUAGGAUGAUUGGUCUGUUUUCUCAUGGCUUCUUGGCUGGCUGUGCUGUAUGGAAUAUUGUUGUGAUAUAUGUUCUAGCUGGAGAUCAGCUGUCUGACCUCUCCAACCUUUUGCAACACUAUAAGACCUUAGCGUAUCCAUUCCAGAGUCUCCUUUACUUACUUUUGGCUUUAAGUACAGUUUCAGCUUUUGACAGAAUUGACUUUGCUAAAACAUCAGUAGCAAUCCGAAAUUUUUUUGCCCUGGAUCCAACAGCUUUAGCGUCUUUCUUGUACUUGACUGCUCUUAUACUAUCUCUGAGUCAGCAAAUGACAAGUGACAGAAUCCACCUUUAUACGCCUUCUUCUGUUAAUGGUAGCCUCUGGGCAGCAGGAAUUGAGGAACAGAUUCUCCAGCCAUGGAUUGUGGUGAAUCUGGUGGUGGCUCUUCUUGUUGGAUUAUCUUGGCUUUUUUUGUCUUACAGGCCAGGCAUGGAUCUUAGUGAAGAGUUAAUGUUCUUCUCUGAUGUGGACGAAUAUCCUGAUACAGAAAUCAAAGCCUCUUCAUAAUACCAACUCAUGUUCAGAGGAAUAAUGAUGCAGUAUUUUUUCCAUUUUUGUUUUUAAGUGUAUUUUUAUAAGAUAUGUAUACGUGUAUUUUUAGUUGUUUUUUGUUACAUAAUACUGGAAAUUUUCUCAAAAUUAUGGAAAAUGUUAAAUUUGUACCUCAAUUUAUACUUAAACAUUAAUUUCUAUAGUAUUAUCAUCUUAAUGGCAAAGGAGAUAAUGAGCCAGAAACCAGCAGGUAAAAGAGUUUAUUUUUUAUUCUUUCAAAUUAGUUAUUUUCAUAAGCAUUAUCUGAAAAAGCACUAAUUCUGGAAAACCCACAACUUUGGUGUUAAAUUUAGGGAAUAGGCUAGAAGGGAAAAAAAGGCCUUCAUUAUUUAUUUUUGAUGUCUCCUUAUUGUACAAAUUGAAAUAUGAAACUUGUCUUCUUUGAAUCUGGCUUAGUGGUUGUGUGUCAUGAAAUAAUUAUAAUAUGAUGUAAUUUAGCCUGAAAGAUGCUUUUCUUAUGGCUAAUAAAAUGGAAGAAUAUC